AUGAGUUCUCGAUUUGAAUCAUUUUCUAUUGAAAUCUUAUACGAAAUAUUUGAUUAUUUAUCAUCUUAUGAUAUUUUUCAUGCAUUUAUUAAUCUCAAUCAUCGUUUAAAUAAUAUUAUUAAUUCAUAUCCAUUAAAAGUUGAUUUACGAAAAAUUUCUCGAUUAAAAUUUGAUUAUAUUUGUUAUUAUCUUCAACCUGAACAAGUCAUUUCACUUAUUUUCUCUGAUGACGAUAUGGGUGAUCAAGUAAUUGUUUUUUAUCGAUAUUUUCCACAUUUCAAAUAUCAAUUUAUUCAUCUUCGUAGUAUAAAAUUUAUCAGAACAGACGAUAUUCUAUCUGAUUUACCAUAUUCAGUUUCAGCUCUUACAUUUCAAGGUUGUAUAUAUGUUUCUCAACUUAUUAUUAAUACCAUCAUAAAACAAGCAAAAUCUUUAACUUAUUUGAAAGUCGAUUGUAUCCAUUUAUUGCAAUUAAUUGAUACUAACUUUCCUUCUCUCACUUGUUUAAACAUUGGUCAUGUUGGAAUUAGGAUUUUCUGUUGUCUUUUAAAACGAAACGAAUCGUCUUUCAAUGAUUUUCAUUUAUGGAUUAAAAAACUUUGUUCACCAAUUAAUCAUUUAACAAUUUCUAUUGAAAAUCAAAAUUUAACAGACUAUUAUUCAAUACUUAAUUUUGAUUACUUAUCUCAUUGUCUCACAGAUCUUACAUUGAUUUGUUUAAUAAAUAAAACUUAUUUUUCAUUGGAAUUAAUUCAAUAUUAUCUUAUUAAAUUAUCAAAUUUAAAAUCUUUAACGAUUGUUAUAACAUUAGAUUUAAUCGAUGGUAAACAAUGGGAAGAAUUUCUUCGAAAAACGCAAAUUGUUAAAUUCAAUUUUAAAUUUGUACUGUCGAAAAAUGUUAUUUCUAAUCAAAAUCAAUCCACAUUACUUGAUUCAUUUCGAUCAUCAUUUUGGCUUGAAGAAAAACAUUGGUAUGUUGCAUGUAAUAAACACUACUGUAACCAACAUUCAGAAAUAUACGUCUAUUCUAUACCUCAAUUUCUACCUAAAUGUAUUAAUUAUACUAAAGAUCAUUAUCCACCUUUAUCAACAGUACCAUCAGAUGUCGAACAACAUAUAUUCUAUUCGAGACACAUUGAACAUUUAUACUUGAAGUUUAAUAAACCAAUAUUUCCACCGAAUUAUCGUUUUAUUUAUGUAAAUUCACUUGUUCUUGUUGGUCCUACAUUACCAUCGAUAGAUAAUGUUAUGUCUAUUGUUGAUCUUAAUCGAAUAAAAGAACUUGAUAUUUCACAUAUUCAAAAUAUAUCAAUUAGUGAAAUUCAUUUAUUACUUGAACAUAUUCUUCAUUUAAAUCAUUUGAUAUUGAAAAAUGUAAUUCCAUUAUUUAAACCACCUUCACAUAUUUAUUCGUUUACUAUUGAAAAUUGGAGAUUCUCCGAUGAUUUAUAUUUAUUUUGUCGCAUGUUUUCACAUGUUAAAUCUUUGAAAAUAGAUAUAAUAUCACUUGAAAUGAUGAUUGAAUUAAUUAAUCAAUUGAAAUAUCUUGAGAAUAUUGUUGUUUGGUACAAUUUUGAAAAGCAUGCUCCUUAUAUUUCAAUGAAUUGGUUGCGACGAAAUAUAUGGCGUCUUCGACGAAAGAAAUUUACAUGUAAAGAAGAUGAUUUUUAUAUGCUUCUAUCCAUUGGAAAUAAUCGAAAAACACACAAAAUACAUUAA